CUUCACAUUUCUUCGAAAUAGCCAGAUACCAAGGUGGAAACUAGAAACAGCCAGCACUGUCAGCCACUUCUGUUUUAGUACCCCGAACUCCAGGAGGACAACUGCACCUGGUGAUAGAGCAAACUUUUCCUUUCCAGAAGCCCCCCCUCACCUUUGAACAGAGGCCCCUGCACAAGCUGCAGAAAGAAACUCCGUUGGUUGCAUGAAUGCAGGGCUAAAGGGCUAGGUUUUGGGGUACUGGGGAAUGAGGUUUAAGGCCAGCUAGUUCCAGCCCCAGCUCUGCCAUCAAAGGGCAGGAGGUGAAAAGGUACCCAAAUGUGGGCUCAAUGGAAUUUAGGGCCCGCUUGUGGGAAGACAGCAAGCUGGGAGGAAGGCCAGUGGGGACCGUUGGGGUGAAUUUGGGUGAGGUGGUAUUAUAGUUACCCUCAUCGCCAUCCCAGCCCACCCCUCACCUACACCGACCAGGACACUGGAGGCUUUUUGCUAUGUCGGGAGGGCGCAGCUUUGGCUGGGAACAGGGGGGACUGGGCACCAGUAGAAAGCAUGGCAGUUACUCAUUGCCUAAUUUGAUUCAGGCCGGCCGAAUUCUGGUAACUUUUGGGUGACCCUGAUGAAGACAAAGCUCGAACAAGGCCUUUGUAUGGCAGAGACUCAGCUCCUGCUGGCUGGGAAGGCAGGAUACUACCCGCCUGGGGCACUCUGCCCAACUCAGAGGCAACCUUGCCUAGCCACUUUUUGUUCCCUGCACCCCAGUUGGAGGAUUCAUUCCUCCUUGACCUGAGCCCAUUUGGUGGGGGGCUGCUUUCACAAAGGGGUUAGUGGAGAGGGCACCGGAGUUUAGUAAAAUCGGUGGCAGACAAAAGCUGGGAUUACUUAAGGAAAAUAGGGGUGCUAGGGAUUAAAAAACUACAAUAACUCCUGGCAGGAGCUCUCAAAUGUGCCACCGCGAGUCACUUGACUACACGUAUGUUAUUUAGUUAAAUUUGUGAAAAUUAUGAGAUGCUCACCAACCCGGUGAUAAACUCUCUCUCUCGCUAUUGGCUGGCUUGGUCACAUGGCCGCCCAACUUUAUUCAGUUGACAGCAAGUAGGAGGGCCCUAUGGAAGGAGAAAAAAAGACAACACGAGAAAAAUUAGUAUUUUCUACCUUCAGAAAUUAAUGGCCAUGAGUUCGUAUAUGGUGAACUCCAAGUAUGUGGACCCCAAGUUCCCUCCGUGCGAGGAAUAUUUGCAGGGCGGCUACCUAGGCGAGCAGGGUGCCGACUACUACAGCGGCAGCACGCAGGGCGCAGACUUCCAGCCCCCGGGGCUCUACUCGCGGCCUGAUUUCGGUGAGCAGCCUUUCGGAGGCGGGGGCCCCGGGCCCGGUUCGGCGCUGUCUGCUCGGGGUCACGGGCAAGAGCAAAGCGUCCCCGGCGGUCACUACGGUGCCCCGGGAGAACCGUGCCCCGCGCCCCCAGCGCCUCCGCCCGCGCCACUGCCUGGCGCCCGGGCCUGCAGCCAGUCCGGCGGACCCAAGCAGCCGCCCCCCGGGACGGCACUCAAGCAACCAGCUGUAGUCUAUCCCUGGAUGAAGAAGGUGCACGUGAAUUCGGUGAACCCCAACUACACUGGCGGGGAGCCCAAGCGGUCCCGGACGGCCUACACCCGGCAGCAAGUCCUAGAACUGGAAAAAGAAUUUCAUUUUAACAGGUAUCUGACAAGGCGCCGUCGGAUUGAAAUCGCUCAUACCCUGUGCCUGUCCGAGCGCCAGAUCAAGAUCUGGUUCCAGAACCGGAGGAUGAAGUGGAAAAAAGACCACAAGCUGCCCAACACCAAAGGCAGGUCAUCGUCAUCAUCUUCCUCUUCCUCCUCCUGCUCCUCCUCAGCCGCUCCAGGUCAGCAUUUGCAGCCUAUGGCCAAGGACCACCACACGGACCUGACGACCUUAUAGAAGUGGGGACCCAGGCUCAUCCCUCCCUGCGCUCCAGGCUGAGCUGAAGCUGCGGGGGCAGGCUGGGCCUGCUGUCACCUCGCUGGGCUCUAAGGUACUGUGGGGUGGACCUGGGACAUGCAGGCCGCCCUGGGACUAAGUUAGCAUCCUCCUGCCCGAGGGCAGCCUCCUCCCUAGAGCGAGGAUGGGGAUGGGAGGAGGGCGGGAUUCUCUCUCUAAGUAUAUUAUAUGGCAGGAGCUACUGAGAAUAUAAAACCUGGUUGAGUCAUUAAACUCAUGAAAAUCUCCACUCUUGGAUUUUGAAUUUCCGAUGAAGGCUGGAUGCUUUAUCCCAGUACAAAUUUGGACAUUUCCCCUCUACCACCCCUCCAGGGACCUUUGUGGUUUAAUAAUGUGGGGAAGUUAAAGCAGAAAACUGGCCAUCCCCUUCUUAGGUGCUUUCAGUAGUUGCAGGAGAGUUGGUCUGGAUUGUGGAACUUUCUGGGUUACCUGUAGAAUUUCCUUUGUGAUUAAAAAAGCUAUUUUGCUCCCCGUGGCCCCAUGUGCAAAGAAAUAACUCUAGGGAGAAAGUAGAAACAGGUUAUUUUAUGUUUAGAUACCAUUGCUUAAAGUAUUUAUUUAUUGGGAAAUUGAGUACAGAAAUAACAGACACAUUCAUGCCAAAAUAUUUUAAAUGAAAAAGGGAGCAGAAUCAGAGAUAUGUGCACUUCUGUCUAUAAUUGGCAUGUUGAACUCCACACCCUCCCUACUCUCUGGAAAUGUGUAUAGGGGACCCUUAACCCUUCUAAAGGGAAGCAAAUGAUCCACUCAAAGUUGAGUUCUUGCAAAUAUAUUUCCAUAUGUGCUUUUUUCAGCACUGUGCUUACAGUCAGUUCUGAAUGAUUAAAGGAAAGGGGGGAAAAAGACAAAUGGUCCAAUAUUUUCCUUCUGGAGAAAGAAAACAAAACUCUAUGUACUGGGUUGUUAGAUAAUGACUGAAUUUUCUGUUCCAACAGGACUCCAAAUGCCCCCAAAUACAUAGUAUUUUAUAGGAAUUGGUUUAUAGCCUAUAUGGGGGAGGGGCUGUAUGGUGGGGAGAAAGUGGGAUGGUGAGGACCUUUUGCUUUAAAAAAGGAAAAAACUUAAUUUAAUCUAGAAGUUCAUAAAAGUUGGUCUUAGGGUUUUUCCCCCUGAGGCUCUAAUUUUUUACAAAACCAAAUUAAAAAUAUUUUAAGCCCAUUAAUUACAAGAAGAAAUUGCAAGAGUAUAAAAGUGUUCAAGUCCUCUUCUUUGUGUUGAGAACAGUAGUUUUUUAAAAAUCACUCUCAAACAACAGGAGAGAUGUCCUUUAGUUAUUUUUCUUAUGCCUUGCCUAGGAAGGGUUCAAAGUUCAUUUUUCUAAAAUGCUGACCCUUGAGGAUAAGGAGGAAAGAGUCGAAGGUAAUGGCCAGAGUUCAUAUAUACUCACAUAAAACAAGUCUAUAAAGUUUAAACCCCAAAGACUGAGGCUCCCAAAAAGAAGCCCCUGGUUGGAGUUGCCAGAAUGGGAGAGAAAGAAGAGAUAAGCUUAAAACUUAAUUUUAAGAUCCAGAAUGGUAUUGUUUUUUCAAUGUUUCAGAACACUUUAGAAGUGGGAGGGAAAAAUCACUUUCUCUGCAGGCGUUUUCUUUGGUUCUGUGUCUCCUGAGAACUGAAGGCAGGUAUUCACUGGAGUCCCUAGGCUGAAAUUCCACUUCUCUAAAGUAUCUUCCAAGCCUUGGUCUUUUGUAUUAGACCCUGGGGACAGCUCUUUGUUCCUCCUUGGGGUGAGCCUGGCUCUCAGACUUGCACAUGGCAAUACUUGAAUAUCUCCACGUCGGGAUAUUAAAGAUGGAUAUUCCUGCAUUAUUUGCAUCAUUGUUUCUAUGACAAAAAGCACAGAGUUCAUACAUAGUCAAGAUGUCUUUUUUCUGAUGCCCUCACGUUGAGAAGCUGAAAAGGUAUUUUACUGAAGUUCGGGUAAAUUGCAGAAUCAGGUUCAUCCAGAGGACAAAUUUUCUAUUCGAUUAGCUGUAUUUCAGCCAGGAGGAGUGACCUCUAAACCCUUAACCUUUGGACUCUAACUACCCUUCUCUUCUUUCUUCCCUUCUAACAUGGAGAGCAGUCUUUGGAUAUAGAAUUUGAAAAGAGCCGCUAUCUUUAGGCAAGUUGGAGAAAGUUGCUAAGAUCUUUCCUUAAAACCUAAAUAUUUGUGUACAUUGAACCUUCUCCUCAGGAGGGGAAAAGUACAUAUUUUCUAUUUUCAUAACAUCCAACUACAUAUAUAUUAUGGAGAUUAUUAUAUGGAUUUUCCCCUUCUCAGAAGUUCAGGUUACUCACCCCAGCUUCCCACCAAAUGCCACAACUACUUAACUGACUUUAGCCAUGGCCCAGAAGAAAGCCAAGAGACAUUAUUUUCAUGAAGAAAACCCAAGUUCCUCUGAAACAUAGUCACACUACUUUGGAAAGUAACUUAAUCAGAGAAACAACUUCUUUGUUUGUAAAUCUCAGCUCUCCUUCCCAGCUUCCAGGGAUUGUCUUUUGAUAUGUUAAUAGAGUCUUGAUGGCCCAGAGGGCAGCCCCCAACACUGAGGUCCCAUUCGGCCUUCAGCAUCCUUUUGGGCUCCCAGGAGUGGGCCUAGGAUGGGGCAGGGCCCCCCAACCACCUAGGGCAGGGAAGGAAAUGGGUUUCCAUCUGGGAACAUGCUCUGGAGAGAGCUACAUGUGGAAAGGAUCCAGGGCCCAUUUGCUAUUAUGUGUUUCCAGUGUGUUCUCCUAAAUAUGAGCCAGAGUGUUUGUUUUGGUGUUUAAAAAAAAAAUCUGUGUUGGGGUCCUUACUGGAAGAGUAGAGAGUGAAAUGUUUGCUGAGGACACUGUUCCUCAGACUCUCAUCUCACUUUAUCCAUCGCAGCCUUUUGUUAUGAGAUGACAUCGUCAGUCAGCCCCAUAGCCCCAUGGUGUCUGUUCACACAAGAUGCUUUUUAGAUAGAAUUGACCAAUGUUUUGCUGCCACCGAUUAAAGUAUUAUUUAUACUAAUUGUUGUCUGUAGUUUUGAUGUAACUCAUCGAUCUAUAUUUAAAAUAAUAAAAAGUGUAGCAAAAUCU